AUGGCUAAUAAUAUAACACCGGAAGUUUUAAUUCCACUUGUGGAACAAAGGGCUGUACUUUGGGACAAAACUUUAGACAUUUAUAAAGACAAAGGUUUGAAAUUAGCCGCGUGGAGAGAAAUUUGUUGCGUUUUUGAACCUAAUUUUGACAAGUUGGAGGAAAAGGAAAGAAAAGAUUUCGCUACACAGAUAUCUACAAAGUGGACACAUAUUCGAGAUGCAUUUAUGAGAUCCCUGAAAAAUGAAAAAGAAAAAAAGCGAUCUGGUGCAGGCGCAAAAACUACUAGGCCGUAUGUUUAUAAGAAUCAGCUGUCUUUUUUAUUAAAAGUUACUGAGCCCCGUAUGACCUCUGAUUCAUCUAAUGAGCCUAAUAAUUCUAUCUCUGAUACAUUAAGUGAUGCAGCACCUUCUACUCAAAAGAAAACUAAGACUGGCACAUUAGAUGAUGAAAUGUCACAAUUUCUAGAUUAUAAAUUAAAUAAUCAAGAACACCCACAUGUGUCCUUUAUUAAAGGAAUUUUACCAUCUUUGGCAUCAUUCGACAAUGAUGACAAUUUUGAAUUCCAAACGGGUAUUAAACGGGAAUUUUACCAUCUUUGGCAUCAUUCGACAAUGAUGACAAUUUUGAAUUCCAAACGGGUAUUAUGCAACUGA